AUGCAUCAAAUGUGCUGGGACCGUAAGCUGCUGGAGAAUGCACAAGGCAGGACUGCACUAGUCACGGGCUCUGCUCGUGGAAUAGGGGCCGAAACAGCUUCUCUGCUCAACAAACAUGGCUGUAAUGUCAUCAUUACCGAUCUUCCAUCGACUGUAUCACAUGCACAGGAACUUAUCCUGUCAAUGCGGUUCCCAGAGCGAGCAAUCUUUGUGCCAGCCAGUGUGACCGAUUGGGAGCAGCUCUUGAAUUCCUUUAAACAAGGAAUUCGAGCUUUCGGAAGGAUUGACAUCGUGGUGGCCAAUGCCGGGAUCAUGGAAAGUCGUGCCGUUCUCGAAGUUGAAACCGAUGUCAACGGGGAGCCUAUCGCGUCAAGAGAAGGAUUCAGUGUCCUUGAUGUCAAUCUGAAAGGCACCAUGAACACAUUGCAACUAGGACUUCAUUUCCUGCGCCAAAAUUCUCUUUCAGAGCAUGACUCCCAUUGUGGAUCAAUCGUUCUUAUCACAUCGACAUCAGGAUACUUUGGCUUCUCAGGAAACGCCGCCUACGUUGCGUCAAAGCACGGUAUUUUGGGACUAUUCCGCGCAUCGCAACCUCUCGCAGAGAAAACCAGGAUCAGAGUCAAUGCUAUCGCUCCAAGCUUCACCCCAACCCGUAUAACAGCCGGCUUCGGUGACCGGUUUGAGAAGGCUGGUGUUGCAAGCAAUACCACCGAGCAAGCUGCAGAGGCGAUCGCAUUUGCGGCUCUGGAUCCUAGUUGCAGUGGUACGUGUUGUCUGGUUGCGGGCGAAUUCGUACGAGAGCUCGAACAUACGAGAGAGCAAGUGCUUUCCAAUUGGUUGGGACAGGAUCUUCUUGAUGCGCUCAGUGGGUUCCGAGUAAUUGUCGAGGAUAUGGGAGGCUACCCUUUACCACCAGCUGCGUCGCAAACCUGA